CGUACAUAAAUUAUACUCAACGCUGCUGCCAUCUUCUUGCCUCAUCUUCAGGGUCCACGCAUCAACGAACGCUAGGCCAUAGUUCCUCCAACUUCCUCUCGCCGUGCAACAUGUUACCAAUCCAAACCGCUGAACAUAUGAUGCGAGAGUAUCCAGAGACGAGUGUGUUCGAGUGGCACCCCCACUCGCAGAACUUGAUUCCAGAGGAUAGGACUGGCGAAGCUGCUCUGGACACACCCGAGUUUCGACGUGCAGCCUUCAAUCGGGCAUGUGAGACCGGUUUAAAUCCGUUAGGAUACUGGCUGGGUUUAAACCCGUUCUACAUCUCAGAGAGUAGCAAGAGAGAAGAUAUACCCUGGCGAGCUUACGAAGUGCCACCUCUUCUUCCAAGAGUCGAGUUGGAGGAUCCAGUGUUUCUGGAAAACAUCAAUCCUUAUGGCAACACACCUCUAUUCAAGAUACGCAACGGAAACGUCUCUAGAGUUCUGAAAGUGUUCGUCUCGAGGACUUCACCGGAAUGGUGGAAUGGGAAUACGUCGACAUUCGAUCCUCAGUUGUCUUUGCAGCUCUAUCGUGCGGAGAAGGACGCCUAUGCUCACCUGCGACACUCUGGAGCAUGCGAUGCUGGGGUCGUGCCACAAUGCUUUGGCUGGCUGCAGCUUUCCCGUGAAGUAGCUUCGCAACUGUCCACACAAUUCAAGUUGUACUGGGAGCUCGCUGAUGCUGACGAGGACCUUCCCUAUGCCCUCCUCUUGGAACACUUUGCGGAUGCUGUCCAGAUUUCUGUACAAAAUGUCACGUUCCCUAUGGCGGAGAAGGCGUUGAGGGCAUUAUAUGUCGUUCACAAAUCUUAUGUGCAGCAUGGUGACAUCAGUCGUCGCAAUAUUCUAUUACUUCCAGAUGGCCGUAUCAUUUGGAUCGACUUCGACGCCUCCAGAUGCGCUUCAAGCCCGGAGCUGCGUCGUCAAGAUUUAUGGGAUGAAAUGCGUAGGACUUGGGGCCUAUUUUAUCAAAGCCUUUUGCCUGGUGCACGCAUUGGAUUUUCCAACCCUCUCUACUAAUCGUUGUAUUCACGUUCUCGGUAGUCUACUUAUCUUAGUAUCCGACUUUAUUUAGACUCUCGCACCCUUUCUCGCAAUAUUUACUCUCGUUUCUCUUCCGGUGCAUGGUCUAUAGUCUGAUUCUCUUCCAGAGUAUAUUUGCGUCUGAGAGUGCGGAUUCGGAAUCUCAAUCAAACUAUUCGGCUUGUAAACU